UUGAAUUUUUGCGACACAUUGAAUUAGAUCACAUUUUAAAGCAGCAGACUGAGUAUCUAUUUUUAUUUACAAUGAAAUUGUCCGUGUUUUUAAUUUUGUCGUGUUUAUGCAUUUAUGCAUCUUGCGUUAAGGAGCAAGUUUGGGGCGAUACCAGUCACAACGUUCGUGAAAUUGGCACCGAAACCGUCGUUGUACCAUCAACAAUGCUACAAGUUAAAACUCACGUUCUCCACUUCCCCAGAGUUCCAUUGGUCGCUCCAAUCGCUGGUAUUCGACAUUUAGAUAAAAAAUCACAUCCAGUCCAAAUUAGAUUCCUUAAAGGCGGCAUCGGCUAUAACAAUGUCAGCAUCGAAAUUACAUCGCAAAGAGGCCACGGAAUCAAUUCCGAAUUCACUUUCUAUGCUCGUUAAUACUAUCAAUUUUGUUUUACACUGAAGUAUCGGGUCUAUGAGUAAAUGUUGACAUACAAAUUAAUCUACAAAACACAUUGCAAAAAUGUUAGAUCGAAAAACAAAAUUUUUAAAGU